AUGGAUCAGAGGUUUGAGCAAAUGCAAAAGGAGAUGCAAGAGCAACUGCAAGCUCAGAUGCAAGAGCAGCUGGCUAAGAUCCAGCAGGAAAUGAGAGACCAAAUGCUGGAGUCCCAGAGAAACAUGCUAGAAUCACAAAACAACAUGAUAAGCCAGCUGACACAGCUGUUUAAAGGAGGGUCUGACAAAGGAAAAAGCCCUAUGGUUGACACAGGAAAUGACAAUGAGGAUUCCGCUUUUCCUACAAGUUUUGCACCAGUGAACAUGCAAACACAACCACCGAGGGUGUCUGUUAAUGUCCAACCUCUUUAUCAAACUGGUACCUCGGCACCAGUAAACUUCCCAACAGGAUUGAGCACCAACCCUGGAGAUAAUCUGGUAAACCCCCAGGUCCCUGACUUUGACAACGCAGCAGAGGUAGAAAAGACAAAGGCUGAGGUCCCAAAACAAUUUGAGGAUCGAUGCAAAUGGUUGGAGGAAAAGUUCAAGGAAUUAGAGAAUGCUGAUCAUUACUGUGGAAUCGAUGCAAAGAAACUGAGUUUGGUCCCGAACUUAGUACUUCCCCCGAAGUUUAAAAUGCCGGAGUUUGAAAGAUAUAACGGAACCAGCUGCCCUGAGGCUCACAUUACGAUGUUUUGUCAAAGGAUGACGGGGUAUGUCAACAACGAUCAACUGUUGAUCCAUUAUUUUCAGGACAGUUUGAGUGGGGCUGCAGCGAAAUGGUACAAUCAAUUGAGUAGGUGUAACACCCCAAGCCUAAGUCCGAUCGCCGGUUUAGGCUAUAAGGUAUUAUUGAGCUAA